AUGUGUCUCCCUUCCCUUACCUUGCCUCCUGUACCCUUCCGGCCAGGUGAGGCCCAGCGGCCAGGAACCUGGAACUGGCAGGCGGAGCCUGAGCAGUGGGCCAGGUCGGUUCGCCAGCAGUUGGAUGCCCAGCUCCUCGUGGUCUCGAAGACGUGGGUAGACUCAUCUCCCAAAGAGGCACCACACGAUGCCCUGGAGUCCCAGCACCAGGAGAGGCGGCAGAGGCAGUUCCUGCAGGCGCUGACGCAGUCACUGCCCGGCCUGCGGCGCCUGGUCUCUGAGCUCCGCACUCUGUUCUCAGCUGUGCUCCAGGACGGCAGCCUUGAGGCCUGGCACUACCUGCACGCAGUGCUCUGCCUGCUGCCUCCAUACCAAGCGCUGCUCGUGGGCCACCUGGAUCUGCUGCCCUUCCUGGAGCAGCUGUACCGCUGGGCACCCUGGGUCCAAACCCAGCUCCAGCUGGACCUGCUCGAUGCCAUAGACCAGGCCUUUCCCCAAGACACCUCUUUGUUAGAGAGUGCCUCUCAUGCUGACUGCUGCCUUCAGAAGCAGAGGUUCCGUCAUGGGCCUCCCAUCCCAGCAUGCCCUUUUGUGCGGGCCAGGAGGAGUGGGCAGCAAGGAGAGGAAAAGUUAGCCACGUGGCUGCGGCCACUGACUCUGCCUGAGCUGCAGCACAGCCUGGGCAUUGUGGGUGCCGAGGUGGCUGUGAAUGAGGCACCGUGGCGAGAUGGCCUUGGCCUCCUGUCCUUGGCACUGGCAGCAGACAUCCCGGUACAGUAUGAAAGCGGGGGCACCGACGACGCGGAGGAGGAGUCUGUUGGAAGAAAAAAGACUAAGUCUCAGCUUGACUCUGAAGUUUCUGAAAAGAUCUUCAAAAAGAGCAGCACUAGUGACCUCCCUCCGACUUCCCGCCUGAGUAGCCAGGCGAUGGCCAUUCUGAAGACAGAGAGAUACCUGAAGAAGAUCCACUUCGUCUACCUCAAUGUGGCUCCUAGCCGGUACUUUAGGCCCUACAGCCUGGUGGUGGUGCCGCCAAACAAGGUGAACCCUGAGCACUACAUCUUCUCGCCCUUUGGGGUCCUGCAUGUGCAUCCUAAGGAGGCCACCGAGACAAUGACGCUGGGUACCUGGCACCGCCACUUCGUCCUCUGGCAACACCUCCAGCUCAUUCCGUUCUUCAAGUAUUGCCUCUUACGCAAGGCCUGGGCCUGCUGGAGGAAGACCGUGAAGUUUCAGAGGCUGCACCGGUGCCGGAAUUUCCUGGGGAGGCAUCUACUCUUUGCCGUGCCCCACUUUGGAGUGGCGCUGCUCCAUAUCAGCAGGCUUCUGCAGGAGCUGCACUCUGUGUCCUGGCUCCCCCAGGAGCCGGACCGGUGCUACGAGCUGCUGGACCUGCAGCGGGCUCUAACCCAGGAGAACCACAAGGCCCUGGAGCUGCUUUCUCGCUGUCUGCAACUCUGCAAGUCCAUCCUGGACAUGGUUCAGGAGGAUACAUAUCAAAUGCAGCAGGGCCUGCAGGAGCGAGUGAAGAACUGCCAGAGGGUCGGAACAGACCAAGGCUCCGUGUACCUGCGGAAGGUGCAGUGCCAGCAGCUGGAGCAGAAGCUGAAGCGCGUGGAGACCUGGCUGCUGCAGCUGGGACAACUGGCCCGCCUGGUGCACUACAUGAUUUGCCAGAGCCUCGUGUCCAUCAUCGAGGAGAAGAUAACCUCUUUUGUGGCCAACAUCCUGAAAGCCCCGAGGCAGAAUCCCUUUCUCUCAGCCCAGCUGGUCUUUGACAGGCGUGGCCAGCUGUCUCAUGAGCCCUGUAUUGAAGACAUAGUCCAGAUUCUAACUGGGGGCCUACAGUAUGUCAAGGUUUCUGCUCUGAAGGUAAUAAAGUCUGCAGACCUGAAGACCUCUGGGGAUUCCCUGAAUUCUGAAGAAAAAGGUGAAGAAGAGGGCUCGAACACGGAAAUGCUGAUGCCCAAGUCCCAGGGUGAUGUUGUGCAGAUCUUCUGUGGCCCGAAUGUAGGAUUGGUGUGGCCCUGGAAUUCUCACACCAUCACCCAAGCGCUGGAGGUCCGUGGAUACCGGCUGCGGAGCCAGUGCUUGCCCCCCAAUUACAAGCAGCUGCAAGAGGACCUAAAUAACAACCCUCGAAUCCAGCAGGCGCUGGCUAUACAACAGGCCCUGCUGGUGGACAUGCUGUGGGAGGUGCAGGAGUUCUGCCGGGACCAUCACUGGAUGACGGGCAUGUAUAAGUUUCUGCAAGCCUGGGGGCCCCAGAAGCUGGAGUCUAUGAGAGGUUGUCCUAUCAGCAACUACCAGACGCUGGUGAGCCACCUGGACGGUUGGCAGGCCGGCGUCUCCCAGAUGCCUAUCGAGUUGAUCACAAAAGGCAAGUUGCUGCUGCUGAGCUGCCGUGAUAUACAGGCCAACCUGGAAUCCAAGCUGGGGAGCAUCAGGAAGGAAAUUCUUAAGCAUGUCCAGGGCGAGAGCUGGAGCCGCAGCCAGCAACUGAUGAAGGAGCUCACAGAUUUCAUCGAAGCCUUCCAAAUCAUCAACUCCGACAUUCACACCAUUGCCCGGUGCUCCCAGAAGUUGAACAAGGCCCAUGAGCAGUACAGCGAGCUGGAGGAACGGAUGGAAUACAUACGGGCCCUCCACGAGCUCAUCCGCAACCACUUCAGUCUCUUCAGUGCGGACACCGAGGCGCUGGACAUCUCGGUGAGAAGGCAACUCCGGGAGCCACCCCUACCUCCCGGCCCUCCUCCCUCACCAGCACGUGGACCUGACUGCCCUCUGCCUGCCCCCCAGCUCCUGGAUCUGUGGGAGGCAUUUCAGUUUGAGAGAAGCCAGGCCUCCGAGUUCCUGCUCAGCAAGCGACAUGUCAUUGUGCCCAAGCUGCAGCAGCUGAUGGCGGCGGCGCUGGCCGAGCUGGACGGCCUGAUCAGGAAGGCCCUGUCCAGCCCCUACCUGGACCCUGCACAGGAGCCGAAGAGCAUGGAGAACCAGCUCAUCGCCCUGGGGCAACAGUUCCAGAAUACCACCAGCUACCUCAGCGAACUGCACCACGCCUACAUCACCUUCACUGGGGAUGAGAGUCCCGUGCCCUUGCCAAUCUGUGGGAUCCAUCCUAUCCUGCAUCAGCAGAGCAUCUGGCACCUGUACCGAGUCAUCUCUGAAAACAUCAGUGAUUGGAAGUGCAUGGCUUUUGCCAAGUUCAGCCUGCCUAUGGCCCAGGAGAAGAUAGAGGGCUGGCUGACAGAGGUGGCCCGGUUGAAUGCCACCAUGGGCCUGCACAACCCAGUCCUGCAGUACUGCAUCCACAUUCUGGAGGAGUUCCACAUCUACCUGCCCUUGCUCACCAAGCUGAGCAGCCUCCAGCUGCAUGGCCUCAACUUCCAAGUCCUCCUUCGAGCCUUAGGGCUGGGCAGUCUCAACGUAGAACUCCUAACACUGGGACAGCUGCUCACUUGUCCACUGCUGGACUUUGCAGAUCAAAUCAAUCAGAUCUGGCGGAACGAAAAUGAGCACAUUCAGGCCCAAGAGGCCCUUCAGCAGCUGCGGAAGGUCUGGGAAGCGCGCAAGCUGCGCCUGCUCAACUUCAUCCUGCACGUGCCCUGCAAGCCCUCCGCCUUGGGGCGCUCCAAGAAGCAAAUGCUCCGCAGGGACGUAAUGGCCCAGGAUAGUGGCACCUUCAUCCUUUCAGAUUACAGCAGCCUGCAGGAUUCCAUCCAGGAGAGUCUUCAGGUGUUGCUCAAGAUCCUGGCCAUCCAGAAGUCGGGGGACUUACACAAAAGAGCUUUAGAGUGGAUGACCAUCUUGCAUGACCUGAGUGACAUACUGGCGGUGUGGGUGACUUUCCAGCAGAAGUGGAUUUUUCUGAAUAAAAUUCUGCAUGAGAUGAAGAUCCAGUUUCCCAGUUCUGAUCUGAACUCCCGUUUCAAGGCCGUAGAUGAUCAGUACCGGACCCUGAUGCAGACCUCUGUGGCUGACCCCCUGGUUCUGUCACUCGUGGUGCCCGGUGCUCAGCGGAACUCUUCCUUCCAAGGCCAGAAGCUGCAACAGAUGCUGCAAGCAGGCUCGGUGGAGCUGGAGGGCAUCAUUACGGCUCUGAAGAGCGUACUCUAUGAGUUCUGUGUUCAUUUCCCCCGCCUUUUCUUCCUCAGUGACAGUGAGCUGGUGGACCUGCUGGUCGCCCGACUGGAGCCCGAUGAGGCCCAGAUAUGGGUACGACGCUGUUUUCCUCACGUGCUGGGUGUGAGCUUCCAGGCCAGCCUGAUUGGUGAGCACACGGAUGGCCCGGAGUCGAAGCCAAGCCUACAGACUCAGGUGGAGGGCUUUGCGGUGCUCGGCGCCGGUGGGGAGAAGGUGAAGCUGCAGCCGCCCCUCCUUCUGCAUUCGGAUCUCCCCAGGUGGCUGACCUCCCUGGAGAAGGGUCUGCGUGUGGCACUGGUGCACAGGCUGCAGGGCUGUGUGGCUGCCCGUCUGCAGCGCAGUGUGGCUCUGACUCCAUCCCUAGACAAGGAACUGCCCCAACGAAGCCAGUUGUCCUCACAACUGUAUGCCCACAACUGGCUGGAUUUAGUCAAGGCCUUUCCAUGGCAGUGUGUGCUGGUGGCAGAGGAGGUGGUAUGGCGGGCCGAGAUGGAGGAGGCUCUGCUUGAGGGGCAGACCCUGACCAUGGUGCGCAAACAUGUGUGCCAGCUGGAGGUACUGGUGCAUUUUGUACGGACCCAGAAGGCCUACCAGGUUGGGCAGUCCCUGCCCUCUGUCCGCGAGACCAGCCUGCUCAGUGCCCUAGUGGCCAUGGCCGUGACCCACCGGGAUAUAGCACAGCUGCUGAAGGAGCACAAGGUCAGUGAUCUGACAGACUUCCACUGGGCCCGCCAACUCAAGUACCACCUGGGUUCAUCUCACAUCAUCUCCCAAAGCCCCUUACAGAGUCUCAAGACCAUUGCAUCUACGGACACCUCUCUGUCACCAGCUGCAUGCUGGAUAGAUGUGCUGGGCCGGUCCUUCCUGUACAAUUAUGAGUACCUGGGUCCCAGGCUGGGGUCUCUGCCCAGCUUGCUGCCUGAGUGGCCAACCCUGGCACUAUUAUUGGCCCUGGAGGAGGUGGCCUGUGGGACCCUACUGGGCCCUGAUGGCAUGGGCAAGGCAGCCAUGGUGAAGAGCCUGGCACAGGCCCUGGGGCGCCAGCUGGUGAUAAUGCCCUGCUUGCCUCAGAUAGAAGCCCCAAGUCUGAGCAACUACCUGAACGGCGCCCUGCAGGGUGGCGCCUGGCUGCUGCUGGAGGCCGCUCAGCAUCUGCCGCUCGGCUUGCUCUCUGCCCUGGGCCAGCGCCUGGCUGAGCUGCACAGACUCUAUGCCCCGCUGUACCGGCAGGUUUCCCGAAGCACCAGUACCAUCGACCCAACCCACCCCCAGCUCCUCGGCAGGGGUUUCUUUGAGAGACACCACGUGGACAUGCGCCUUGGCUACGGCUGUCUCCUAACGCUGCGUUCCCUGAGCCCUGCUGUGCCUGCCAACCUGCGCCUGCUGCUGCGUCCUGUGGCACUGACACUGCCCAACCUGCAGCAACUGGCAGAGCUGACUCUGCUGGGAGCAGGGAUGCGGGAGGCCUCCCUCCUGGCUACCCGCCUAUCCAAAUUCUUCUCCCUAGAGCGUGAGCUGGUGUCUGGGCCCCUGCCCUGCCGCUUGCCACUGUUCAAGCGGGUCCUCGCAGACACGAUACAGGCUCUGUAUGUGGCCACGGAGGACCCCACAUCCCAGCUGUCCCUCAGCCUUGCUGCCGCCCAGGAGAGGGCCCUACUGCGUGCCCUGCUAUGCUCACCUCUGUUUAGCAUCCUCAACGGGGCCCGCCUUCACCACCUCCGAGAGCUGCUCUGUGGGAUCUUCCCCAGGGCCAGGCAAGUGCUGGCGGAGCCUGUGGCCCACAGGCUGAGGAAGCCUCUGCUGGUGGAGGAAUUGCAGCAGGCGGGCCUGCAUCCCAACACUGAUAUUUUGGGUUCCCUGGAGCAGCUGAGCCAGGCCCUGGGCCACACCUCGGGCAUUUUGCUCCUGGGCCCUGCGGGCAGCGGCAAGACCACUUGUUGGCACAGCCUAUUUACCAUCCAGAAUCGGCUGGCGGCCAUGGAGGACACCUCAACACAGGGCCAUCUGCCUGUGGAAAUUACACACCUGUAUCCCAGCGUCCUCAGCCCCGAGGAGUUCCUGGGAUGGCAAGAGGGCCCCUGCUGGCACCAAGGCAUCCUCCCCAGGCUGCUUCGUGCAACCAGUCAGUGCAAGGCUGUGGAUCCAAAGAGCAAGGCCCAGGGAUCGGUGGGGACCCAGCACUGGAUCAUAUGUGAUGGGGUCUCCAGUGCUGCUUGGCUGGACUCUGUCACUUGCCUCCUGCGUGAGCCCCCCCAGCUUAUCCUCCCCUGUGGUCAGCAGAUAGAACGAUGUGGUGGGCCGCUGUGCCCUAGUCUGGAGUACUGCCUGCAACCCCACACGGUCACCGAACUCAACCACCUGGCUGAAGUGCUGGUGCCUGCAACGUUCCAAUUCCUCACCCGCCACGGUGCCAGCUCCGUGCUGCAGGCACAUGGGCAGAGGGCUGUUUGCCCAGGUGUGGCUGAAAUCACCAGCCUGGCUCGCCUCUUGCGUUGCCUGCUUGACCUCCACCUACGCAUAGAUGAGGAGACACAUGUCCCAGAAGACCUCAGUCAUAGGGACUCUGGAACCCCGAGCUUCAAGUCCCCAAAAAGCAGCUCUCCUACCCGGUCCCGGGCUGACAGCAGUGAUGUGCUUAAUAAGCGCAGGGAGCACUUGCUGGUUGUCAACAGCUUUCUCUUUGCCUUGAUCUGGGGCUUUGGAGCCCAUCUUCCCUCCAGGCUCUGGCCCGCCUUUGAUGCCUUCCUGAGGGAUUCUACUAGUUACCUCCCCAACUGUCCUGAGCCAUCGCCCUCGGCCUCGGUGUUUGAUCUUCAUUUAUGCCCGGAAGAUGGGACUCUGGUCCCCUUCACUGGGCAAUACGUGGGCAGCCGCAUCAAGGGAUCUCUGGGCACCUUCAGUCCUUCUCCCCAGACUGAACGACUCUUGUAUGUGGUGGACCUGCUUCUGACGGAGGGGCACCCAGUGCUGCUGGCUGGAGAGGCAGCAACAGGGAAGUCAGCCUUUGUGGAGGUGCUAGUGGAACCACAUCACCCUUACAUCUACACCCCCAUCCACCCUGCCUUCAGUACCAGCCACCUUCGCCUUCUGCUGAGCCAAGGGGUCCAGGGCCAAGCACAGGCCAGCCCAAGGUCUGGGCAGCCCCUGAAUUCUAAAGGCUCACUUCUCUUCCUGCUGGAGGAUCUGCACCUGGCUGCUUCUGACCCAGAGAAGAGCUGUCAGCCAGUGUUGGAGACUCUACGCCAGGCCAUGAAUGGCACUGUGUGUGCCCACAGCACCUUGGAACUGCAGACACUACAGCCUAUAGUCAACUUCCUUGCCACAGCUACAGUGCCAGGCUUCUGUGAGUGCCCACUGUGCCCCCGCCUCUUUCGACUGUUCACAGUGCUGGCCCUGGCUGACAUGACCCAGGCAAUACUGCUCAGCAGGCACACACCAAUCAUCCAGGGCUGGCUUGAACGCUUUCCCUGUGUGGAGCGGGAGGGUGUUCUAGCAAGAGCCCUGAUCUGUGCCUCCAUGCAGGCCUGGGAGAUUGUGGGCAGCUGUUUUUUGCCUUCACCCCUCCACCCACAUUACCACUUCUCCCUGCACUCUGUGAGCCAACUACUGGGAAGCCUUCAGCUGCUGUCAACCAGAACGGGCUCCCGAGGUUUUCUGGACUAUCCCAACCACCAGGAGCACUUGCGCCGGGUGUCAGGCUUGCGUGGCACCCGCCUGAUGACUAUGAUGGCCAUGCGCAACAUGGUGCGCCUUUGGCUGCAUGAGGCACAGAGAACCUUCUGUGACCGGCUGGACAGCCCUAGGGAACGUGACUACUGUGCCAAGCUGCUCCUAGAAGUAGCUCAGCGUGUCUUCUGCUGUGGGCCAGCACCCCAAAGCCUGGACAAGGGCUAUAAGGAGAAGGAGGAGUUGGAAGAGGAGGAGAGGGUGCCUGAAGUGGAGUCUGAAGGGGAGUUGGCCCAAUGGGAGGACUUAAGCGAUAGCGGCAGUGAUACAGAAGAAGAAGACACUUAUGACCUUUGGGUCACCACGGGCCCACCCUCCAGAGAUUCAGGUCAUACAUCAUCCAUAGCCCCAGUAGAGAGGGGAAGCACAGAGAACAUAAGUCAAAAGAUAAAUCAGGAGGAAGGCACAAGGGCCUCCAGUUAUAAACUUCAAAUAAAGAGAUCCAAGAAUUCGUGGCAGAAGACAUCCCAGUCGGACCUGGACUCACCCCUAUUGCUACCAGUGCUACUACUCUGUCCCCAGGAAAAGCCCUCAGACCUAAUCUUUAGUCAGGAGCUGAUACUGGGUUCCAAUUCUGAGAGCCCCAACAUGUACCUGGAACGGCAGUGGGAGAACCUGGAGGAGCAGCUGGCCACAUCAGCUGCUCAGCUAAAGCUGAGUCCCCACCUUGCCCGGUGCCACUCGAUGGCCCAGCAUGUGGCCCGCCUGGUCCGGGUGCUGGCCAGGCCCCGGCAGCAUGGCCUUCUCCUCUCAGGGGCUCUGGGCACUGGGCGCUGUACUGCCAUCAUUCUGGCAGCUAACAUUUGUCAGGCCCGUAUCUUCUAUCUGCCAUGUCAGCCAGAGAAGGCCAUUCUCCAGUGUCUAUGGGAUGCCAGCUGGCAUGCUGGCAUAUUAGGUCAGCCAGUGGCCCUCCUGGUGCCCAACAAUGUGGAUCUGACCACUCUUCAUCGUCUGCUGGCCUUGGCAAGCUCAGGCAGUUUCCCUGACCAGUACACAGAGGCACAUCUGGAAAACAUUGAAGAACAUCUCAGAGAUGUCAAGCAGACCAACAAGAAAGAAAUGCUUUUGCAGAGGUUCUACCAACAAGUGUGCAGCCACCUGCACAUGUUCAUCCUGAUUGGAGAUGACCAGGCACACAAACAACUGCCCUCUACCCUUUUCCGGAGACUCCUCCAACUGGCCAUCAGCAGCAUUGACCACUAUGAACCCUGGGACCAAGACUCCCUGAUCAGUGUGGCUCAGCACCAUCUGGACAGUGCUCAGAAUCUACCGCUUGGUGAUGAUACCUUGAAGUACCCAGACCUCCAGGCCUCAAUUCCCAGUGUGGCCAAAGCCAUGGCUUUCAUCCACCUUUCGGCUGCCAGCUACCAUGGGCACCUGUGCCCUGAAUUGCCACUCGUCACCCCCAAGACCUUCUUAGACUUCCUGGAGACCUUCAUGCUGCUGCAACAACAGAUGAUCCUACAGAUGAAGAACAAAGCUCAGCGGUUCAACAAUGCCCUGGGGAAUCUGACAACAAUAUUUGAACAACACAAUAUCCACAUCCACCAGGUCUCCAUCUUGAAACAGGAGAUGAGAGACUCCUACAAGAAACUCAGCAUAUUGCGUCAGCAACUAGAGCACAGCAAGAUCCUACACAAGCGGCAACUAGCGGAGUGUCGGCAGCAGGAGUCCCUCAUUAGGAACCUGACCAAGCAGUGGGAUGCCCUGCGGGCUCAGCAUGAGGCUUUCCUGGAGCAGAUGGGCAAGGCAUUUCUUGGGCCCCUGAGCCAGCUGAAGGUGACUGAUUUCGAGGAGUUACGAAGCUAUCGAGCACCGCCAGAAUCUGUGGUCCAGGUGACCAAUGCACUGUGUGACCUGUUCCACCGUGAAAGAGGCUGGGCCAGUGCCAAGCAGCUGUUAAGCACUGAAGAUUUUUAUCAGGAGCUGGUGUUCUUCCCCAAGGAGAAGAUGACGGACUCGGAGAUAAUAAACUUAAGCAUCGCCCUAAAGGCUCCAGGUAUGAGUGACGCAGCUUUGCGGGCAGUAAGCACACCUGCAGCCAGCCUGGCAGCCUGGCUCUGGGCUGUUCUGCGCCACAGGCUGGCACAACACCGAGGCCUGCCCACGGGCCUGCUGCUGCGGCAGGUAGAGGCGACACUGGCUCGGGAGCAGGCCCAGCUGGCCCACUACCAGUUCCAGUCUCAGGAGAUCCUGGAGCACAAUUUGGCCCUGACUACGCAGCUGGAAGGUAUCCAGGCUUCCCACAGCCAUCUGGUAGAGAGUCUCAAUUGGAGUCAGUCUGACCAGUAUCACACGUGGCCCAUAAAGGCUGCAUUGCUCGAGCCCAUGCAUUCCUGGACUGCAGAGCUCCAGAAGUUGAAGAGGCAGUGCAUGACUGUGUAUGGCGAUGCCCUCCUGUGUUCAGCUGCCAUCGUUUACCUGGGUCCCUUCCCACCAUUAAGGCGCCAGGAGCUACUGGCAAAGUGGCUGGCUGUGUGUAAGGGCUUUCAGGAGACUCUGGGCCCAGAUGACGUGGCACAGGCCCUGAAGCAGAAUCAGAAAUCUGUCAUCACACCACCAAAAACGCCCCUGCUCUCCACGUGCUCUCCCUUUAGCCUUCUGUCCUUACUGAGCUCUGAAUCCGAACAGUUCCAGUGGGACCGAGACCUGAAGCCCCGGGCAAAGUCAGCUCGCCUGGCAGGCUUGCUUCUGCGAAGUUACACCCACUACUUCAGUUGCCGUUGGCCUCUGGUGCUUGACCCCAGCAAGCAGGCCCUCAACUGGCUGAACCCACUGCCUCUGGAGCAUACUAGAUACAUGGCCCCAGUUCCCACCAAGGGCAGAGGUAAAGCCACAGAUAAUAAUCAUAAAAAAGAGGAUAAAGAGGAUGAAGAGGAGGAAGAUAACAAUAAUGAAAAGAGACCCAAGACUGAAGAGCAGAAGGCAGAGGAAAAGGGAAAGGAGGAGGUGGUAGACAAUUAAGAGAAGCAAGAGCAAGAGAACAAGGAGGAUGAGACAGAGAGUCAGGAGUCAAGGCCAGCCUCUGAGACCCAAUCUCCAUCCUUUGCCUACUUCAGGGUACUCUCAGGCUCUGACCCAGACCUGGGUCCUCAGCUCCUUGAGGCAGCUGCCAAGGGCAUGCCUGUGCUACUGACCAACGUGGAGCUGGGACUAAGGUGCCAAGAACUGCCAUUUCUACUGCAGCGGGAGCAGCUGAGCCCACCCCAGGUGCAGCCUGGCUUCUGUCUCUAUCUGAGUACCACCCAACCCCUUGGUGCCUUGAAAAAAGUGCUAGAUUGUGAACUGCUGAAAGUGCUGAAUGUGCUGGAUCUGGGUCUGAACAUGGACAUCCUAGAAGAACAGAUGCUGCAUGAAAUCCUGUGCACGGAGUGUCCCAAGUUCGAGAGCCGCUGGCAGAAACUCCAGAUGAGAUGCUUGAAUACCCUUGAAGCUGUGGAGGCUACUGAGGAGCGGCUCCUGAUGAGGCUGCUGUCCAAGAACCCAACUAAGCAGAAGCUAGCCAAGUUCCUGCGGGACAUGGUAAGGAACCAGGCAGAACUAUGCCAGCUGCAUGCCUACCGUGAGGAGCUGGAAGACCUGAGGCUGCAGGAGAUGGUACAGUGGGUACCCUAUCAGCAUGUGGCCCGGCAUGGGAUAGCCAUCAUCAGGGCCCUUAGCCCACUGCAAGACCUGCUGCCACCUUUCCGUAUGAGCCCAGAGAACUGGCUGGCAGCCACCAAGCGGGCUCUGAACAGCAUGAGGCAGUGUGAGAAUCAUCCAGGGAAGGAUUUACCCAGCCAUCUGCUACAGCUGAAGACACAGCUGACCCGCCAGCUGCUGGGCAGCACCGUGGCUGCACUGGGCCUGGCCCACAUGCCCUUGGUAGGUGCCUUGGGUGCCUUGGCUCUGCUGUGCGAGGUCAGGAAGGCACCACAUCUGGAGAGGCUGGCACUCUGGCCUGGACUGGAAGCCUCUCCCAGCACAGGCUCUAGCAAGCCAGUCCCAGGUGUGGCUCGACCAGCCUGGCUAGGGCAGAGAGCCUGGCACGAAUGUGGAAUGUUAGAGCUGCUGCCCCCAUUUGCUGGGCUGCGUGUAUCCCUGGCAGGCCACUCCAGUGUUUGGCAGUCUUACCUGUCCCUGUCAUCCACAGUGCUGGGGCCUACACCUGGGUCUGGGCCCAAUCUACUCAGCCUGCUCCAGAAGCUGAUCCUGUGGCGCGUGCUGAGACCUGAGUGCCUCGCAGGCGCCCUGGCAGACUUCACCACCAGCCUCCUGGGCCGGCCCCUGGAUGAGAACCUGAGUCCCUCCACCAUACUCUUUGAACAAAGUCAGGCUACUCGGCCCCUGCUGGUCCUGUUGCCACCACCUGGUCACCCCACAGCCACCGUGCAUCCCCUGGCUGUCAUCCAGAAACUGGCUGCCCAGCAUGAGCAGGGGCAGAAGCAUCUGGAGGUGAUAGCCCUGGGCUCUGAGGCCUGGAACCCGGUCUCCGCUGUGGUCAGCACUCUAGGCCGGGCUAUGUACAAAGGGCACUGGCUGGUGCUGGAGAACUGUCACCUGAUGCCUCACUGGCCAAAAGAGCUGCUGCAACCCCUGCUGGGACUGCUGGAUGGAACCCACGUAUUCUCAGACCUGGAGCUAGAACUGCUUUUAGCACCAUCUGCAAGCAGGAGUAUGGUCCACAAAGACUUCCGUCUUUGGCUUAUUGUGUCUGCAGAGUCUAUUGCUUCCUUACCAGCUGUGCUGACUCAGCACUGCAUGCCUGUUUUCUGGGAGCAGUCCCUGGAGCUGGGCCAUGUCUUGCUCGACAAUGUGGAGCUAGCCCAGCAAGAACUCGAUGUGCAACCCCUUGCCAGGAAGCUGCCUCUGCUCCUCUUACAUGGCCUCCUGCUACACCGGCAGCUCUAUGGAAUGAAGCUGCAGGCACACAGGGGCCACUGGAAUCAAGUGACCCUGACCCAGGUCCUUCAGAUGCAAGACCAGCUGUGGGCCAGCCUUAGCAAUCCCCAAGCUGCCAUGGAGGAGUUGGCUGCUUCGGUUUUCUAUGGGGGUCCUCUGGGAGACAACAAGGACAGGGAGGCCCUGAUUAGCCUCAUACAUGCCUGCCUGAGACCCAGCAGAGGGAGUUGGGACCAACCACACACACCCCAGUAUCUGCUGGCCACUCUGAUACCCAGCCCAGAUCUAGAGGAGCUGGAUGCUAUGUCAGAAUGCAAGGCCCAGAUGCACCAACUGCCCACACCACCUGAACCCAGGACCUGUGGACUGAGUGCUGGACCCCAGUCCUGGCUGUUGCGACGCCAGAGUCGCGCUCUCCUGCGUGCUCUGCAACAGUGUUCGCUCACUUGGGUGCCCGCACCGGAUGGCUCCAGACACACCGAAAGGCAAAGGCAAAGGCGGCUGCGGCAGCGCCUGGUUCUAGCCAAGCAGACACUGGAGUCGCUGCAGGCUCUGCUGACCCAGACCACUUGCCAAGACGAGUCUGGUACCUCUGGUGCCGGGUGGUUGGAGAUGGGAUAUGAUGCGGGGAGGGCUGUGGAGGGCUUCCUUCAGAUGGAGGUAUGGGAACUGAGCCAGCUGGUGAGCACACUGCAGGGGGACCUCAACUGCCUGUUACAACAGCUGGAAGGCGCACCCCCAUGCGUCUCCCAACGCUGUGUAGCGGUGGCCCAUGCUCUGUGGAGUGGCCGCCUACCCCUACCUUGGAGACGCCAUGCGCCUGCCUGGCUGCAGCCGCCCUGGCAUUGGCUGCGACAGCUGUCACGCCGUGGGCAGCUGCUGGUUCGCUACCUGGGCGCGGGCACUGCAGCACCAAAGCGCAUCUUUCACCUAUCAGCCUUUCGCCAUCCGCACCGCCUGCUGCUGUCGCUGCGCUGGGAGGCUGCCUUUGCUACGGUCCCCAUUGACCACCAUGUGCCUAGCUUGAAUGCGCCUGGUGGCCAAGGCCUCAGCUCUAGGCAUCUUCAUAAACAUCAGGAGCUGAACAGCAACCCUUUGCACCUUCAGGUGGUGAGCAGCCCAAAGCCCACGGUUCCAGAGACAGGAGCGGUGCUGCUGAUUGGGCUACAGCUCUGGAAUGCCCAAUGGGAUCCGCUAGCAGGAGCCUUGAAGGAUGGUCCCACCAGCCAGCCCAGUCCUCUGCCUCCAGUCAGCGUCAGCACCCAGGCCCGGGACACCAAUGACCUGCCACCCACGGCCGGCCUGGCUGUAUAUUCCUGUCCUGUGUACAUGGAAGGGCCGCUGGGCACUGCUAGGCUGCACAGCAAGAAUAUCCUGAUGUACCUGCCCCUGCCCACAAAGCUCAGCCCUGCCAUCUGUGUUCAAAGGAGAGUCCAUGUGUGCAGCCCACCCUUGUCCUAAGCCCUCAACCAAAAUAAAGUUGGAGUUAUUCAGCGAAAGUUCUGAGAUUUAUAAGGAAUGUCCGUGUGGACACACUGAGGGUGUGACACACUGAAGGCAAAGCAGUGUGCACAACAGAGGAGAGAUGUGUUCACAAGAAGGUAGAAGAAAGAGGUUGUGUGCCUGGCAACAGAAAGGGUAGAUGGGGACUAUGAAGAAAGAAGAAAGGGGCCUGGAUUGGUCAUGCCUACGCAGAUCUUGGGAUGGCUAACACGCAGGAUCCCGAGUCCUUCCCCAGCUCUCUACUGUGGUCUCAGCACUUGUGCUAAAUCCACAAAGGGUAUUUUUAAAGGGAUAACAUUAGAACUCAACAUGAUUUAUUACGGCACUGAGUGGUAUUAUUGGGACAGACCUAAUCCUGCCCUGCCAUUCAUCGCUUCCUCUGCAAUGGAUUCUCUGAGUGAGCCAUACACCCAAAAAACAAGCAAAAUAAGAUACAAGGUCCUAUAUCUGUUCAACAAUUAUUUGUUGAGUGCCCCUUUGAACAGGUGCUCUUCCAGGCACUAAUGACGUUGUUCUAAUAGAGACAGACAAUAACAGGCCAACAUAGGCCGGCCCAUGUGGCUCAGUGGUUGAACAUCAACCCAGGCACUAAGAGGUCACCAGUUUGA